AUGAUUCACCAGCCACCAGGAUCCGUCGUUGGUGUCGAGUUGGAAAUGGGGCCCUUUCAGUGUAACCUUGUGGACAGUUGCUUCGAAGAGCGUCAGUAUGAAGCCGCCAUUUCCAUGUUGGAGCAACUCCGUUCACCCAAUUAUAAACCAUCUAUAUCCCACAUUCGCCAGCUGAUAUUUAUUGCCCUUCACUCGUCGCGUCCAUCGUUAGACGGCCCAAAGGAUAGGUCUAUAUUCGAGUCACCCCGGAAAUUUGCCGCAAAGCAGCAGAAGGAAUCGUACGCUGUAGGUCCGGGUGCAGCCGCCGCCGCUAUUCAGCUUCUGGAGUCUUUCGUUACCACAAACUCUCCAGAUGCCCUUGGCCGUGCUUUGCCACACUAUCCAAGUGUGAAGAACAUCAAGUCAAAUGAUGUCAGCGAAAUAACCGACUCUACUCUUGCAAAACAAUCGCUGUGCAUAAAGGAGGCAAAGAAUUGCUGGGAUAUCCUUGUCGAAGGAUUUACUUUGGCAGCUCUGCAAAACUGCUCUUCAUCAAAAGGCAAAGGGAAGCAGCGCCAAGAACUCUUUGCUAGCGAAUCUUUUUCAGAAGACCCUCUUCCACAGGCUCAGGUUGUCGGUAAAGAUUCAUGGCCGCUUUUGAACUGGUUAGUGGAUUUGUUCGAACGGGACGAAAGCUUUUCGGAACAGCGAGGACAGCCACGACACUCACCUCUUCUUGUGGAACAACUUCCCCCUCCCAGGGGUGAGUCGGCAACGAGAUGGGACACGACUGCCCCUCUCGAUGUCAUCUUCUACUGUCUUGAGCAAUCGGACUUGAGGAAACAAAGGAUCGGAUACAGACUGAUGACGCUGAUGAUAAAUUUGACGUCGACCAUUUACUUGGAUCUCUCGAUGUUUGCAGCAUCCGUUUACGGCCGUCUUUCGACAACUGGAAUGGGCGGAUACUCGCUUCUUUCUUCGAACCUUCUCCCAUCAAUCCGCGUUCGAAGAUUUACGAUAGCUUUUUGUCUUCGGUUGGUCUCGGAUGGCACGUUUACCGACGCUGGUCAGAUAUCAACUGUACGGCCCAAACCCCAAGCACGCCUCCCGCCAAAAGCUCGUAUUGCCCACGAUGACGAGAAAUCACCUCUGCCACGGGAAACUGGACGCACGAGCGUUGUUCAAGAGAUGCAAUCAUGUGCGAGUAAAUAUCUACUGCCGAAUUGCAGCGAGGUCUUGCGCCUAUUAGAACUCGAGUUGCCUGGUAGAAUGCCACCUGAAGUUGUCCUGCGGAUGAAGUUCGAUCUUUUGACAUCCUAUGCAUCACUUCAGGCAGGGCUACCAGAAACUACAAAGUCCGAGUGGAGGGAUGUCUUGCAAGUCGGAAGGCUAGGAAAAGUUAUUGAAACAGCGUUUGGUCGCGAGAAGGAAGGAGACGCAAAUUUAUACCUACAAAUUCUUCAAAAUCUACUGUCUACCUGGUGA